GUAUAGCUGACUUGAGGCAGUAUUAAAUGACAAAUCCAUGUACAGCAGAGAUAAUCAAAGCAACCGAAUCCAAAAAAAAAAGGCUCUUAACCAAUGGAAAAAGACUAUAACACAAAAAAAUACAGUUAAGAGUCUCGUAUGAAAAUCACUUCUAGGUGUUUAUCAAACAUCCUGGGAGGAUUAUGCUGGUUUGCUCAAAGAUGGCCCAACUGCGCUUGCUGGUAAUAUAAAAAAUGAUACGUUUAGAACGUUCUCGACAGAUACAAAGUUUACUGGAAAUGUCAGAGAAGAUUUGUUGAUUAGAAUGUUAAAUACGUUUGUCAGGGUGAAUAAUGGUAAUUUUUCAUGAUACAAAUUGUAUUUAGCGUUUAACCAACUUUAAUUUCUGCUGUAGAAAACAAUUCUCAUGCUACUAUGGUUUGCAAUCAACUAAAUGUUUAUUGGAUAGAGAGUCUGACGUACGUUCAAAGUAUGAAUGUUUUGGCAGGACUUUUUUUGUUAGCUUUGUCUGGAGUGGAAGCAUUUUACAGCUUUUCCACUUUCAUCUUUAAAUGGUGCUCUCUUUAUGUUCAACCAACCAUGAGAGGUGUUCACUGUGGGCUUAGGGUAAUUUUGAAAAUUUUGAUUCGUAGAUAUGAGUAACUACAUUGAAUUUUUCUUCAGCUUUUAGAUAUGUGAUAAAAAUGAGUUUGGUAAUAUAUUCGACCAAUGUUUUUAAGAACAAGUGUGACACUACGGUACCUUUGUAAUGGGAUGCUGAAUAUUUCAUUGCUUUUGCUCCGUCAUGUCCAUUUGGCACCGAAUCGAAAGGAAAACAAACAAGAGAGAAUUACCGCUUUCAAGAAUAAACUAUCUACCUUCCUAAUAAAGUAAUAUCAGUAGCUAGUUUGGAAUACAAUGCACGUAAUGGACCACUGAAGAAACAACGUAAACGAAAAAAAUUAAGUAUUAUACUUAAGUUUACACUGAUUUGAAAAAUGAGCAAAAUUAAAAGGUCCACCGCAAAAAAUUUUUCCGGUAUCUAGAAGUAUGAUUUGGACCGCGAAAAAAUUAGACCAGAGGUC